ACUUAUUUGUACGAAUUUUAUUUUGCUUUGUAUGUUAAUUUUCAAGCACCACGUUUUUUAUUGGAGCAUUCAUGUCAAAGGAAUACACCUAAUAUAACUAAGCGAGUGUCUAAAUGAAACAGUGUCCUAGAUAUAUAAAUAUUUCAAAAUUAUGUGUUAUUUGUAUAUCAACUUAAUACGAAAUUUAACGAUUAUUGCAGUAUUUAAACAAAAUCAAGGAAAGAUUUGAACAGCAAUUCCUAAAAUAAAUGACAUUUGUAUGAAUUCUGACAUUUGUACCAUAACAAAAUAAUAAUAAUGUGUGUAGUACAAAAUUUCAAGUUGCAACCCUGCAUAGCUGGUGCGUACAAAUGCAACCAUGUAUGAUACGAAGACAAAAAAUAAUAGAAAACAGAUGACAGCAUAAAUACAACAAGAAAAGUAUUUUCAAUUUCAGUUCUGGGCAGUGGUAAAAAAGUAUUAAGUUUUUUUUUAGAAAUACAAGUUAUUAUGUUUAAAAAGAUUUUGUGGACAAAUAAAUUUGAAUAAAUUAAAAUGCGGAAAGAAACAAAUGAUACGGUAGACAGUCUGAACAAUUCAACGCCGCGAAAAACUGAAAAUGAAAUAAUCGAUCAGCCAGAGGAGUUGUGUUUUGCCCAGAAACCCGAAAGUGAUGGUGAACGACGUAAAAGAAUUCAUAUUAAUGAAUUAAUUAACAACAAUGAAAUAAACUACGAGGUUUUGCUGGAAUUGGCUCGGUCUGAAUAUGGACUCGUUAAUGAUAAAAUACGUGCCAUUUUGUGGCCACGGUUGGCGAAAGUGAACGAAGAAGAUGUUAAAAAGGCACCUAAUAUUAGCGAACUGCAAUCACAUCCUGAAUAUCAGCAAGUCGUUUUAGAUGUCAAUCGAUCUUUGAAAAGGUUUCCACCAGGUAUUCCCUACCAACAGCGUAUUGCAUUGCAGGAUCAAUUAACAGUGCUGAUAUUACGAGUCAUUAACAAGUAUCCAAAUUUAAGAUAUUAUCAGGGUUAUCACGACGUUGCCGUUACAUUUUUGUUGGUUGUAGGAGAAGAUUUAGCUUUUGCUGUUAUGGAAAAACUUUCAACAUAUCACUUUGAAGAGUGUAUGCAGGAAACAAUGGAUGCAACACAAAAAAGAUUGAUGUUUAUUUGGCCACUUCUUAAAAUGGAACAUCCGACGCUAUAUAAAUUUAUGGUUGAGUCAAGUGUUGGUACUCUGUUCGCUCUCCCAUGGUAUCUUACAUGGUUUGGACAUAGUUUAAAUUCAUAUUUAGAUGUGGUACGAUUAUAUGACUACUUUCUUGCAUCGCCAAUUUAUACGCCAAUCUAUGUAACUGUAGCCAUUGUACUAUAUCGAGCCGAUGAAAUAUUGGCCGAACAGUGUGAUAUGCCUUCCAUACAUUGUUUGCUAUCAAAGCUGCCUGAUGACUUACCAUUUGAAGAACUACUAGUGAAAGCAACGAAUUUAUAUCAAAAAUACGAUAUUGAUUUAAUAGAGCAACUGGUGGAAGAUUUUGUUAAGGAAGAGCAAGAAAGAAGACUUCUAGAACAGAAAGAAAUGAUGGCUAGAAGAAAUCAAAUUCCAAUGUCAAGAAUUACAACGGCUACAUACAUUAAGAAAUACUGGUUGCCCCGAGUAAUGACUCCAAAACGUGUAAUAGUAACAACAGCAUUCUCAAUAAUUAUUGGCUUUUGUGCCUAUUAUUACAGGAGUCACUAUCUUUCGCCGGGAUUUAGUUGAGUAAGUCUGUUCUUGCAGCCGUCUUUGCCUUUGGCAUUACGGCAUGCAACACCACCAAAAUGUAGCUGGAUGAUUGGUUUUUCGAUUUGUUAAGAACUUAAGCUGUAAGCGGUAUAAACAUCAAUCGGAAAGAAAUAUACAAUAUAACCCAACAUUAAAGCAACAGCAGAGCAGUGAACAAGUUUAGGCGAUAAUUUAGAAAAAAUUUUGAUAAAAUAUUUUAAACACUAGAAAAAUUUUGAAAUAUGAAGAUAUUAACAUCACAUUGGGUUAUAUAAUAAUUUGUUAAUAAAACUUUAGUUAAAUUUGAUGAUAAAAAUUUUAGUCAAUCUCAAAAUCCAUACCAAAAACCAACCUCCAGUAAAGAUUGCGUUAGCAUUAAGUCAACCGAACGAGAUAGUAGAUCGAAGGAAUUAUUCAAUAUAUAUAUAUAUAUAAAGAGGUGUGUGAACAAUUUAGCGGUUAAAGACCUUCGAUACUUACUUUAAACAUUGUAAAUUUAAAUUCCGUACAUCUUCGCAUUUUUUGUUAUUCGAAUUUAGGGCAAAAUAGUCCUUGAAUUCGGCUGAGCUUUUAAAAAUUAUUUUAUUUUUGUAAUUUUAUAGUUAAGUACAUUGUUAUAUUAUUAUACCAUACAGAACAUACUAAUUACUAUUAUAAUAUUAGGCAAAAUAUAUUAUAGAUUUAAUAAAUAUUUCAUAUAUGGUGUAAAAACGAAAACGAUUCUUGGAGUACAGGAUUUUAAUUGCAGUUUUAAGU